AUGAGCAGCCCUGCCUCUGGUCAACCCCCAAACCAGCUCUCCGUCUCUACUCGUAGUACCGAUUACUCUCACCCCCAAAUCGAAGCCGGCUUGCCUGGAAAUACUGAGCGUUUCCCCCACGCCGCCCGGCGUCUUGCGCGCUGGCUUGUGAGGAAGUGGAACGAGCUCCUCGUUAUUGCGCUGAUUGGCAUUCCACUGGGCCAACUCUUUCUUGAAUCCCAACUGAAGCAAAAGUCGGAAGUUGUGAGCUUCGAGUGGCUCUGCAACCUUGUCUUGAUCACUUGGAUUGCCUGGGUCUGCGUCGUCAUUGUCCUUGCUCUCCACAACUUCCAAUACCUGGCAAAAAAUAAGCUUGAUAUAAUCAGGGCCGCCGUGGCCUUUUGCUCUGCUCCCCUCGUUGACCACUUCACGACGGGCAAGUUUGCCGAUAGCAGCGCCGUAUUCCCCAUCUGCCUUGUCCUUGCAGUCAUCUGCCCCGAAAUAUACCGACUCUGGUCCCCCAGUGCCCAGAGCGAGAACGAGCGACAAGAUUAG